GAAAGGAGGAGGAGGAGGAGAAGCAGGAGAGACAACAAAGGAGGAGCCAUGAAUAAAGGUCAGAUGGGUUCCAUCAGUAGUUCUGAUUUAAUUGAUGCAAAGCUUGAAGAACAUCAGAUGUGUGGAUCAAGGCAGUGUCCUGGUUGUGGACACAAUUUUGAAGGAAAACCGGACUGGUUAGGUCUUCCAGCAGGAGUGAAAUUUGAUCCAACUGAUCAAGAACUGAUAGAGCACCUUGAAGCUAAGGUUAUUGAAGAUAAAGACUCUAGAUCACACCCUUUGAUUAAUGAGUUCAUCCCCACCAUUGAUGGUGAAGAUGGAAUCUGCUAUACCCAUCCAGAAAAACUUCCAGGAGUAACAAAAGAUGGAUUAAGCAGACAUUUCUUCCACAGACCUUCCAAGGCUUACACCACUGGAACAAGAAAGAGAAGGAAAAUACAAACUGAGUGUGAUCUACAAGGUGGUGAGACUCGGUGGCACAAGACUGGAAAGACGAGGCCAGUGAUGGUGAAUGGGAAGCAGAAGGGGUGUAAGAAGAUUUUAGUUCUCUAUACCAAUUUUGGAAAACAUAGGAAACCAGAGAAAACUAAUUGGGUUAUGCACCAAUAUCACUUGGGUCAGCUUGAAGAAGAGAAAGAAGGAGAGCUUGUUGUAUCAAAGAUAUUCUAUCAAACACAACCUAGACAAUGUAAUUGGUCGGAUCGGAGUCCAACGACCGGCGGCGAAGCUAGCGGCGGCGAGCCUAAUAAAAGAGAUAGUGGCAGUGGAAGCUGUUCUUCUAAAGAAGUUAGUACUCAAAGAGAUGAUCAAAUUUGUGGUGUUGGGACUGCAAUUUCAAGCUACACUGCUAUGGAUAUUCAACAAAUGAAAUCUGAUCAUUUUAGCUUUGUUCCCUUUAGAAAAAGCUUUGAUGAGGUGAGGAUAGGAGGAGAAGCUUUAAAAGCAAGAGAAGCAUCCACAUCUGGCACAUGUGAUGAGCAUGAAGAACCUGAGCAUCAAAGAACACAUCACAUGGCCCAUGAGCCACAUCAUCAUCAUCAUCCACAUCAUCAUCACCAGAUGGCAACGACAGCUUUCCAUGUCAGCAGGCCUACACAUCCAAUCUCUACACUCAUCUCUCCUCCUCUACAUCACACCUCCAUUGUUCUUGAAGAAGACCCUUAUCAUGUUUCAAGAAUAAUUCUCCAAAAUGAAAAGUUUCAGCAACAGCACCAGCACCAGCACCAGCACCAGCACCAGCACCAGCAGCAACAUCAAAAACUAGGGGGAAGGUCUCCUUCUGGUUUGGAGGAAAUGUUGAUGGGUUGCACUUCAUCAACUGACAUAAAAGAAGAGUCAUCCAUCACAAACCCUCAAGAGACAGAAUGGCUAAAGUACUCCUUCUGGCCUGACCCUGACAACCCGGAUCAUCAUGGGUAGACCAAAAAUAAAAGAAAAAAAAAUCAUGUAGAGAUCAUC